UUCACACGCCGAUCUGACCCGAAGCGGACGCUAUGGGGGAAAACUAUCAGCACCCCGUUUUCUUCGGGUGUGACAGCCUUCUAGGGGGGCAGAGGAUGAAAAAAAUAGAGACAUAUUUCCGUGUUCGCAGAAGGUCCGGCGGAGGAGAAUGCGGGCGGCUGGAAAAAGUGGCUGAUCAUGUCUACAGGAUCGCGUUCAGAAAUCAAAAAGAUCAACAGGAAGUAUUGAGGAGAGCUGAGCAUACGAUAGAGCUCCCUGAUGGUUACCUGGUGCUCAGUGUCAGAGACUGUGAGCACAUAGAGCCUCCCGCUUCUUCACAAGACACCAUCCCUGCAUCGCCAGCAGAGCAGAGUCAACAGCCCAUUCCUGACUCUACAAGUGGUACAGAGCUUGAAGAACAACCGGACGACUCUUCCAUUGCGGAGGAAUUGCUCUCCUCUAGUGAUCUCCUGGCUGAGCAUCACCAAGAGGAGGAGCAGACUGACGCUGAGGCUUUGGAUGAUGUUAGUGCCCAGAAAGGAGAUGAGGACCAACAGUGUGCUGAUGAUGAAACACUACAUAAGAGUGAAGCAGAGGUGUAUAGAGACUAUGACAGUGGGGUGGGACGUUCUCUGAUAAACACAGAGUUGCUGGAUGCAGCGGAUGAGCCAUAUUUGAGGGAGAGUUUAGGAGCAUUCAGCUUGGCUGAUAAGAACACAGAAGUAGCCACCUACAGCCUUACUGAUGAUCUUCAGCUGGUACUGUAUCAGGGGGACAUCACCACGUUCCAGGCCGACGCCCUGGUGAACUCUGCCAAUGAGGAUCUAAGUCAUUGUGAAGGUAUCGCUGCUUCCCUGAGUGACGCUGGGGGUCCUGAAGUUCAGAGUGAGAGUGACGCUUACAAGGAACGUGAAGGAAAAGUCCCUACAGGCGACGUGGUAGUGACCUUAGGGGGAAAACUACGCUGCAAAAGACUGCUGCACGCUGUUGGUCCCGUGGCUGGAAAAGUCGAUGGAAAGGAGAGGGUGUUACUGGAAAGAACUGUUCAGCGUGUUCUGGAAGUGGCAGAACUAAAAAAAUACAGGUCCAUGGCCAUGCCCUGUAUCAGCUCAGGAGUGUUUGGCGUUCCUGUCACAGUUUGCUCCGAGGCCAUUGUCUCUGCUGUCAAGGAGUUUGCUAAUCAGGGUGGGCAAAAUCUUAAAACAAUCGCUCUGAUAGAUGACAGAGAAGAGGUGGUGAGGGCCUUGCAGGAAGCAUGUGACAGGCUUCUUUUGGGGGAAAAUUCUGCAUACCCUACAGAACACCCAGAUCGACCUGAAGAGGAGGUUCCGUUUGGUUCUGCAGCCAAAUAUGUAUCCAGAGGGGCCACCCCUGGAGCUCAGAAGGGCCGCGUGAAUGUAGAGAUUGUUCAAGGGACCAUUGAAAGUCAGCAGACUGAUGCUGUUGUAUCUCCAAUGGUCCUCCAUGAUCCACAAUCGACCAGAGUUGGAAGCAUUCUCUUUAAAGAAAUUGGUAGUCAGCGGGCUAAAAAGCUUCAAAAGAAAAUCGGAGAGGAAAUGAUGCCAGGCGACUUCGCACUAGAGGACCAAUUGACUGGAGUUCCUUUUGGUGCCGUGUUCUUCCUCAGCCUCAUUCACUGGGAUGAAGAAGAAGAGGGAGUUGCAGUUCAGGUUCUCCGACUGGGUAUCAACAGCAUCCUGACUUGCUGCGAGAGCAGAGGGUUUGAAUCUGUGGCCCUACCAGUUCUUGGGACUGGCAUUGCGCUUCGUUUUCCAGCCACUCUGGUAGCUAGCGUUUUUCAGGAGGAGAUCUGUAAAUUUCAGCAAGAGAAAACCACCAGCACGCCACUCCAGAUUCGCAUUGUUGUACACCCCAAAGAUGAAGAGGCCUGUGAGGCUUUCAAGUCUUUCCAAGAAAAUAUGAAGUACAACAAUAACCAAGAUCAAGAUUCCGGUACAAAGAGGAUUGUUCUGCUGGGGAAAACUGGAUCUGGGAAAAGCAACCUAGCUACCACCAUUCUGGGGGAGGAGGCUUUUACUUCCUACCAUUCCCCCAACUCAGGUACAGCGUCAUGUCAGUCGGAGACGAGAACAGUCAGCGGGAGGACCCUCACUCUGAUUGACACACCUGGUUUCUUCGACACUGAUAGGAGUGAGGAGGAGCUGAAGCCUGAGAUAAUGCGUUGCCUCACUGAGUGUGCGCCUGGACCACACAUCUUUCUCAUUGUGCUUAAAGUGGACAAAUUCACAAAGCAUGAGCAGCAGGUUAUUAACCAAAUAAGCAAUUACUUCUCAGAGGAUGCUUUUAAUUACGCUGUUAUCGUCUUCACUCACGGGGGCCAGCUAGCAGAGGGGAUGACCAUUGAAAGUUUUGUCAGUCAAAAUGAAAAUCUCAGUGAUCUGGUGAAAAAGUGUGGAGGUCGCUGCCAUGUCUUUGAUAACAAACACUGGAACGAAGAUGGCGAAGAUGAAUACAGGAACAACCAGUUCCAACUGGAGGCAUUCCUUCAAACAGUAGACAGGAUGAUGGUGGAAAAUAAUGGAUCCUACUACACCAACGACGUUCUGAGACGUGUAGAGGAAAAGAUCCAGGAACAAGAAGAGAGGAUAAGAGAGGAGUGUGUCCAUUUACCCCCACAGGAGAUCAGAAAAAAGGCCAAAACCUUUGUGUCCAACGAGUCUUUGAUACAGCUAGCAGGUACUGCCACUGGUGCUCUGUUGGGGGCCUUUUUUGGAGUAGCAGCAUUAGUAGAAUCAGUUUUGAAGGUAAUGAGUCCAUCUGAAAUAAUUAGGCGUGCUAAAAACUUUAAGACAAUGGUCCCCGCAGCGGUGGUAGAAAGUGAGGUCCUAGUUGUUGCUGCUGGUGUGACGGCAGGUGUUACAACAGUAGCUGCUGCUACAUUAGGAGGAAUCAAAGGUGGCAUCAUAGGAAAAGAUGCAUCUAAGGGAGCAAAGACUCCAAUGGAGGCAAUGGAGAAGUCUUAUAAGGCCAUGAAGGAAAAACAAAAUGAGUUCAAGAUUUUCCCACAACAGUAGUGUUGAGCAUUGGCAAACCUUUAAUCUGGGAGUUUCUCGAAGGUUCUACUUCUUUAAAAAAUGUAUCUUACAUGUUGAGCACAAGCUUUCUAUUGCCUUAAACAUGAGAUUUAGAGUUGAAAAGAUUACCAGAAACUUUGUAUUUACUGAAAUACAGAAAGUUAAAGAAAUGUUUUGUCUGUACUUUACAACAAUAUGUGGAAUGAAUGCCUCUAGGCAAUGAAACUGUGUGUAUCUCUAAAAUCUCUAAGCAAAGACGAACACUACGCCAAUGUCUGGUAUUUUGCUGCUAAUGAUGUUUUUUAAUGCUAGUUUGUAUCUUUGCUUGAAGGGAUUUUUAUUCUCAAACUGCACUUAGAAACUAAGAACAAUAGGGGGAGCCCUCCUGUUUUUUUUUGUUUGUUUGUUUUUUCCAUUUAUUUACCUUUUUCUAUAAAAUGCACUUUAUGUAAUUUUCACAAAGGGUCAUUGCUCCAAAAAUAUACAGCAAUGAUUAUGAAAAUCAUGAGUAGGACUUGUCUGCAUUUGUGAUAAACACAUUCUGAAAAAAAUGUGCAUUUUUUUGAAAAACAUUUUCUACUUCAGCUAUUUCAGCUGCUUACCUUUUGGAUCAAAUAGCUUUCACCAGCACGCCUGUGUAAAUUCUCAGUCAUCCGGGACAUGGCAACCACAGAACAGGCUUAAACUGGAAGGCAAUCAGACUUUUACUCUUUUUUUUCACCAGGUUUAACUUUGUGUACGGCAGCAAACUGCCCCUGACCCUGUGCCUUACUCUUAUUUCCUUGGACCAGGUGUCAUAGAUACUGACCACUGCUGGCAUGAAGAUAAGUUAGUUUACAUACUCUAAGAAUAUUACCAUGUUUUAAGACUUAAGAGUUUUUUUACUUAUCUCUAAACCUUUGAUUUAUAUGAAAAGUUGCACUAUGUUUUAAUCUUCUUAUCUGUUUUCUCAGGGUGUGCUCUAAGCUGUCUAAUGUAUAUUUAAUUGUAAAAAAAAGUUUUUCGUCUCAAUAAAUGUUUUGUGCUAAUAAUUUACUGAC